CAGACGCGGCUGUUUCAUUUACAGAGAAACGAACGCAGGUCCUCCUGUGGGUCCUGUGGGCAGCAGCUGCAGCAGCAGACCGCCUGCAAGAGCCGAGGAGGACAAUGUCGAGCUACUCGAGGGUGAUUCAUCACGCCACGAGUAUAUUAUGCAGCCAUAAAGGCUCCAUGGACUUGGCGCAGCUGCACAGGAAGGUCUUCCAGCGCUUCGACAUCAGCGACGAAGAUUUCUGGUACAUCGUGAAAAAAUGCCCGAGGUUUGCUGUUGUUGUCCGGAACGGGCAGAAGGCGGAGACCGGGGAGGCUGGCUGCACUAUAGUGGCCAAAACGUCCCUCCGCCUGUGUAAGAACUACGCCAAGCAGGAGUGCUUCGGCUGCCAGGACCUGCAUUUGUGCAAAUACUUCGUCUAUGGCAACUGCAGAUAUGGAAAAGGAAGGAAGGAGUGCAGAUUCUCUCAUAAUAUUCAGUCAGAGCAUAACUCUCCCCUCCUCCGGGAGUGCACCCUUCAUGAGCUUCACGAGGAAGAUCUCUUCCUCCUCCUGCUACAGAAUGAUCCCUCUCUACUGCCUGAGGUGUGCUCUCACUACAAUAAAGGUUCGGGGCUGUUCGGGGCCUGCACCUUUAAGGAGCGCUGCACUAAGGUGCACAUUUGUCAGCACUUUGUGCAGGACGACUGCAUCUUCGGCACCAAAUGCAAGAGGCUCCACAGCGUAGACGAGUACAGCCGCAGGAUGCUGGAGGAAAGGGGCCUCAGCAGCGACAUCAUCCAGGACCUGCCUUACCUCUACCAGAACGUUUACCGCCUCAACUCCCAUGGACUGGACAGGGAGAGAAUAGCAAGCCUUUCAGAGAGACCUCUUACACAGGCAGAAGAGAAGAGUGAGAUCUGUAUUCACUUCAUCAGGCGGAAUUGCAGGUUUCAAGAGCAGUGCAAACGGGUGCAUUUCAAUCUACCAUACAAAUGGGAGGUGUAUGAGGGCGAUGGCUGGAGAGAUCUGAGGGGGAUGGAGGAGAUAGAGAGAGCCUACUGUGACCCCAAGAACACACACAGUCCGGGCUCAAAGCCGGUGGACUUCCUAUCGAUGACGCGGGUGAGUGAUCCGGUGCGGCGUCUCUCCACAGCGUCUUCUGUCACCAAGCCGGUCCAUUACAUUCUGACUACACAGUGGUUGUGGUACUACAAAGGAGACCACGAGAACUGGAUAGAGUACGGCAAGCCGGACGAUAAGCAGCGUGUGACAUCUGUAACGUCCCGUGAUCUGGAAGAAGCUUUUCUGACAGGCAACACAGCAGAGGUCACAGUCAUAAAGGGCAACAGGCAUUACUUUGUCAGUUUCCAAGAUAUGUACCAGCGGAACCCCAAACACAACACGAAGAGGAGAGUCCGCAGGCGGCCACGCUUUGUUUCCAUCAGCGAGGUGGAGAGCAAAGUAGCGCAGUCGAGCAGUCCACACAAACACCCUUCCGCAUAUACAUACUGAUAUUCUUCACAGAUACCUGAGGAAACAUAUUCAGAUAUAGCACUGAGUACCAAAUAGUCAAUGUGACUACAUUUGCGGGACAUUUCCCACAUUCGUUUGUAGUGAUCAGUGACUAGUUUUGAUUUAUGUUGUAUAACUAGUGAAUACAUUAUAACUAUGAACAAUAAGGAAAGUGUAAAAUGACAGUAAACAAUAAUGAAAUGUACCCGAUCAUGUUAACGGCAAGAUUCAAAGCCUGUGCGUUUGUUCCAUUUUGUAAUUUCAAUAGCACUGAUUAUGGAGCUUGUUUUACGCAACUCAGGCAAAAGGUCUUAUUGGCAAACAGCUGGACUGGGUUGCACCAGGUUUGCAUAAGUUUAUACUUAAGUUUGUGCGUAAAGUCUUUACUUAGUCGUAGGUACACUAGUUAAUUUCAGACCAUCCUUUUACUAAAUUUGGUUGCACCACAAAUCCAUAUGUCGUAUCUUAACUAGUAUCGACUAACUGAUGCGUACGUCGCUUUAACAUGAUAAUAACGUGCUCAGAACCAAUCAGUAAACCCGCUGCCAUGGAAACGCGACAGCACUUACGGCUCUGAGUUUUCCUCGGAAAAAUAUUCAGCAUAGAAGAGAACGAUGGGUACAGGUUAAACUGAAUAAAACGAAUUAUCUACAGUCACUGUCUGUUUAUUCUGUAAUAUUUCCCUGAGAAAACCAAGUAUGCGGAUUUUUAAACGACAGUUUCUGGAUAACCGACACAACAGCAGCCUCAGUUUAGCCGUUUGUGCAGCUGCUGAGUCUCACUGAGCUGGAGCUGUGGGUGUUUAGCUUCAUGCUCGGAGUUUAAACCAAGGCCGAUGAUUAGAGCUGUAAGUAAAAUCACAGCGUGUAACAUAUAGAAAUUUCAGCUUAGUUAACCAAAAAGGUUUUUCGUGCUUUCUAUGUUGUUUCUGAUGGUUUUCCUAAAACUUAAACCUGCUGAGGAGGAGGUCUAAAUGUUUAGUAACUACUAAACUCAACAUUGAAACUAGUUUGUGUGGUGCAACUCGUUUGGAUUUAGUAAUACAUAAACCUGAACUUAGUAAACACUUAUGUUACAACUAGUCAACGUUUGAACUUGAGCACAGCUGGUGCAACCGGCCACUGAAGUCUGUUGGGCUUUCACUGCAGUUAAUAUUACAAAGAUUCUGUAAAAACUCAGUGUUUUACUGAUAAAGGAAUUGUUUAGCAAUGCUAAGGGGAGUCCUACAGGCUCCAGGUCAAUAUUUUUAAUGUUACUGACAGACAUUACGUUAGGUAAUACAAACUAUUGGAAACUGGCUAUAACAACCUGGAUAAAUGGGUUAAAUGAAACUGAACAUUUCUUUCAGAAUACCAUGCAUUACGUUUGCGAUUUCUUAUCAUUCUCAAGUUUUCACAAGUCAAGCAUGCAGUGGCCCCAAAAAGUGUUUGAAUACAUUGACUUCUUUACAUUACUUGGUAAUACAGUUAACGAAAUGUUAUUUGUUUUAAAAAAAAACACACUUUUAGGACAACAUUGAACUGAAAAUAGACUCUUUAUGCGGAGAAAGCCUGGAGAAGAGCUUCACCCAGACUGCACUAAGAGUGCUCAGGUGGAAACAUCAAAGUCUGGGGCUAUUUUUAUUACAGUGGUGCUGGUCAGCGUUCAUCGACGAUCAUGAACUCAGAAGUGUACAGAGGUGUUUUGGACACAGACCUGCAGAAGCCUGCAAAGAAACCACUUAAACCAUUACAGUCAACAUCCCUUUUGCAAGAUGCUUUAGUGAUCUGUUUUUAAGAAGUGCCGCUCUGCAUUUGACAUACUGAGGCCAGAUUCACGAAAGCUUUCUUAAGAAAAAGAAGUGCAUAAGAAUGUUCUUACAUGCAGUUCUCA